AUUAAAGAUUGGUGGCUACUAGACCGUCGGUUUUAUGAUGAAAAGGUGGCAUCUUUUGAUCAUUUGAAGAAAAAGCACAAGGUUUUGUAUGAUGAUGGUGAAGAAGAAAUCUUGAAUCUUGGUAAGCAACGCUGGGAAGUGAUUAAGGAGACCCCCCUUGAUAAAGACUGUGAUGCAGAUUCUCCUGUAACUCCUAUUGUAUCAGCCACGGAAGGAAGUAAGAAAGUAAAAGGUGACUCUUCAAGAAAACACAAAAGACUCACCUGCAUUUCAGAGACAAAAAGGUCUAGACGCAAAGUGCAGCCAUUCCUUGCAGAGAAUGUUGAACAGAGCAAUACAACAAUGCAGGAUGUG